AGCGGACAUGUGCAGGCUGGGCUAGGAGCCGCCGCCUCCCCCCCGCCCAGCGAUGUAUUCUGCGCCCUCCGCCUGCACUUGCCUGUGUUUACACUUCCUGCUGCUGUGCUUCCAGGUACAGGUGCUGGUGGCCGAGGAGAACGUGGACUUCCGCAUCCACGUGGAGAACCAGACGCGGGCUCGGGACGAUGUGAGCCGUAAGCAACUGCGGCUGUACCAGCUCUACAGCCGGACCAGCGGGAAACACAUCCAGGUCCUGGGCCGCAGGAUCAGCGCCCGCGGCGAGGACGGGGACAAGUAUGCCCAGCUCCUAGUGGAGACAGACACCUUCGGUAGUCAAGUCCGGAUCAAGGGCAAGGAGACGGAAUUCUACCUGUGUAUGAACCGCAAAGGCAAGCUCGUGGGGAAGCCCGAUGGCACCAGCAAGGAGUGUGUGUUCAUCGAGAAGGUUCUGGAGAACAACUACACGGCCCUGAUGUCGGCCAAGUACUCCGGCUGGUACGUGGGCUUCACCAAGAAGGGGCGGCCGCGGAAGGGCCCCAAGACCCGGGAGAACCAGCAGGACGUGCACUUCAUGAAGCGGUACCCCAAGGGGCAGGCGGAGCCGCAGAAGCCCUUCAAGUACACCACGGUGACCAAGCGCUCACGGCGGAUCCGCCCCACGCACCCCGGCUAGGCCGCCCAGCCCCGCUCACACCCCAGAGGACUGCAUCAGAGGAAUAUUUUUACAUGAAAAAUAAGGAAGAAGCUCUAUUUUUGUACAUUGUGUUUAAAAGAAGACAAAAAACUGAACCAAAACUCUUCGGGGGAGGGGCGAUGAGGAUUUUGUUGUUGACUUGAAACCCUCUCCCCUCCCCCCAUGACAAAGAGGGGCUGUUGUCAACCCACAGGUGCUUGCCUCCCUCUGGGAAGAGACUGGAGACUCGUCCCCAGAGGAGGACUCGAACGAGGAAACCGACACUCCGAGAAACCAAAGUCCUUUUUCCCAAAGGUUCUGAAAGCAAAAGCAGAAAAAAAAAUAAAAGUUAAAAAAAGAGGAAAACAAAGAAAGAGAAAGUGGCACCCCCUUCCCUCAACAAACUCCUCCCAUUUCUUCCCCCCUUCCCUGCCCCCCCCCC